AUGGAUGAAGAACGUUAUAAGAAUGUAAUAAAGGCAUGUUGUCUUGAUAUCGAUAUACAGAAUUUCGGUGAAGUUGGCGAUUUAUUGAUGAUUGGUGACAAAGGUGUCAAUUUGAGUGGAGGACAAAAAGCUCGAAUAUCGCUUGCUCGUGCUCUUUACACUGAUGCUGACUUAUAUUUACUCGACGAUCCACUUGCUGCUGUUGAUCCAAAAGUGGCAAAGAACAUUUUUGAUCAAUGCAUCGGUCCUCAGAGUCUUCUUCGUGGAAAGACUCGAAUAUUGGUUACACACCAGACACAUUUUUUAGUUGAAACAGAUCAAAUGAUUCUCAUGACGAAUGGUCAGCUUGAAGAAUUACAGAUUGAACAACGGUCUGCAAUAGAGCCAUCAAAUGAUACAUCAGAAACAAAGUCAUUUGACGAUCAGGAGACAGAUUGGAUACUUAACACUGCUGUAACUGAUAUGGAUCCGAUUGUCAAGAAUGAGACAUCAGUUGACGGUGCCAUCAAGUGGAGUCUGUUUCAAUGGUGUAUACGACAAUCAGCCGAAGCUGAAAAUUUCAUGACCAGUGCAGAACGUAUUCAUGAAUAUGGUCAACUGAUGCCAGAAAGCCAUCGAAACAGUAACGAAAGCGGUGCACUCGUUCAACCGGCAGAUGAUUGGCCUUCUCGUGGUAUUAUCGAAUUUAAAGACUACACUUUUCGCUAUCGUCCAGAGCUCGAUCCUGUACUCAAAAAUCUUAAUCUGCGAAUUGAGUCCAAGGAAAAGAUUGGCGUUAUUGGUCGAACAGGUGCCGGAAAGUCAUCACUUCUUCAAGCUCUCUUUCGACUUGUCGAUCAGUCAGCAAUCAACGGAAUUAUACUCAUUGACGGCAUCGAUAUUGGACGUCUUUCACUCGAUCAUCUUCGUUCUCAUCUAAGUGUUAUUCCACAAGUACCCAUACUCUUCUGUGGUACACUUCGAUACAAUAUUGAUCCAUUCGAACAAUUCUCAGAUGAAGAAUGUCUUACAGCACUUGAAGCUGUUCAACUUAAACGAAUGGUGCGCAACCAUCCCGAUGGACUCCAUCUGUUGGUAGCUGAAUCGGGUACUAAUUUGAGUGCUGGUGAGCGCCAACUGGUUCCACUUCUAUUGGGAAAAUUAGGAAUUCUAAAUGCCAAAAAUGGUAUUUGGCUACGUAUUGUUCGUCGAUCAGAAUAA